GCAGCAGCGGCGCGGGCGGGACGCGGACUAGCAGCGGCCGCCUGAGCAGAGCCCGCGCCACAGUCGCCUGAGGGGAGCUCGAGCCGCCGCUGGGGCGAUGCUGGAGGAGCCCGAGUGCGUGGCCCCGGGCGUUCGGGGAGCGGCCUCAGCCAUGGACUGCAAAGACAGACCGACUUUUCCAGUCAAGAAGUUAAUACAAGCUCGCCUGCCCUUCAAACGCUUGAAUCUGGUCCCAAAGGAAAAAACAGAGGAUGAGGCUCUGGCUGCCCCCCCGCACAGUGACACCUCUAACCUGGGACCCUCGCUGGACACUUUGGAGCAUGAGUGUCGCCUGUCAGCUGACCGAGAUUUUCAGCCCAAACUGGUCAAUGGCAAGGGACCCUUAGAUCACUUUUUAAGAGACAGAGACCGAAGCAUUGUCAGCUCGACCCCUGUCAUCAUUGACCUGACAGAGGACUCGAAUGACCAAGCUGACAUUCCCAUGACCCACAGUAAACUGAAUGAAGACGCCUCGACCUCAGAGGAGGCGCCCAGUGACAUACGAGAACCCAGAGAUGACGAAGACAAGAAUGACAACAGCAAAACUGAGGAGGUGCCCCAGGCCAGUGAGGAGGGUGGGUUGAUAUCUGCCGAAGACUCCCUUUUGGACAGUCCCUGUCACACCAAGGAUGAGGUGGCAGAGGCGACCGUGGGGGCUGCUGGCCCGUGGAGUGCCGGGAGGAGCGGGCCAGCCCCGGAAAGCUGGCACCUAGCCUGCCAGGAUCUAAUACCCGGUCUGAGCAUCUACCCCCAAGCCGAGCAGGACUGCUGGCGCCGGGCUGGCAACAUCCUGUACAAAGAGGGGCGGCUGCCCGUGGUGGUCUUACGGGAUGUGCUGGCCUCGGGGCCUCUUCCUGUCGCCUUACCACUCGGGGCCCUGCCAGAUGUGGGCGAGCGCUCUGAGAGCGAGGUACCUGACUCAGGCCCUGAAGACGACUCUGUGCUCAGCCAGUCCUCCCUGAGCUCCUCCUCCUUGACCGCCAGCUCUCCCGAGGCGCUGGCUGCUCCCUGCAAGGAGUCCAGCAGCCCCCAGCACCCCCCCACCAGCACGCCUGUGAACAGAAUAUCUAAGAAACUGGUCCGAGACUCUGCAGAGAAGAACAAGAGAAGAUUGCAGAGAGACAAGGAACGUCUAGGCAAGCAGCUGAAGUUGCAGGCAGAAAAGGAGGAGAAGGAGAAGCUGAAAGAGGAGGCCAGGCGGGCCAAGGAGGAGGCGCGCAGGAGGCGGGAGGAGGAGAAGGAGCUGCGGGAGCGAGAGCGGCGGGAGCGCAGGGCCAAGGACGAAAGGGAGCGGGCCGAGAAGCAGCGGCGCCGGGAGGAGCGGCGCAAGGAGAAGCAGGAGGCGCUCGAGGCAAAGCAGGAGGAGAAGCGGAAGAAGGAAGAGGAGAAACGGUUGCGGGAAGAAGAGAAGCGCAUUAAAGCAGAGAAGGCGGAAAUCACUCGAUUCUUUCAGAAACCAAAGACCCCAGCAGCCCCCAAGACCCUGGCUGGCUCCUGUGGCAAGUUUGCCCCCUUCGAAAUCAAAGAGCAUAUGUUCCUGGCCCCCGUGUGCCGGAUGCCCUUCGACCAAGACCUCUGCGACCAGCUUGACCGGCUUCUGCAGCAGCAGAGCAGCGACUGCUGCUUCCUGCAGGAGCUCCGAGCCCGGCAGCCCCUCAGCUCCGGUGCCACGGUGCUGUCCACCCGGAGCACAGAACUUUCCAACAGUGACGUGGUCAUUGUGGAGAGUGGCAAAGUGGACAGCGUGCCCGAGAGGAAGAAGUUUGGCCGCAUGAAGCUCCUGCAGUUCUCCGAGAAUCACCGGCCGGCCUACUGGGGGACGUGGAACAAGACAACGGCCAUCAUCCGCCCCCGGUGGCCCUGGGCCCAGGACAGAGAUCUCCUGGACUAUGAGGUAGAUAGCGACGACGAGUGGGAAGAGGAGGAGCCGGGCGAGUCCCUGUCCCACAGUGAAGGGGAUGAGGAUGAUGAAGUGGGAGAAGAUGAAGAUGAAGAUGAUGGCUUUUUUGUGCCCCACGGGUACCUGUCUGAGGACGAAGGAGUAACUGAGGAGUGCGCUGACCUCGAGAACCACAAGGUUCGCCAGAAGCUAAAGGCCAAGGAGUGGGACGAGUUCCUGGCCAAGGGGAAGCGCUUCCGGGUGCUGCAGCCCGUGAAGAUUGGGUGCCUAUGGGAAGCCGGUGGGGACCAGGACACUUCGGAGCAAGACUUGAAAGUGCUACAGCAGUUCCGGGUCUGUCCGCUGGAGAUGGCACCCCUGGAGGAGGAGCAGGUGUCCAAGGCCUCCCGGCGACACAAGUGGGACCAGCAGAUCUUGGCCCAGCUGCUCCCACUGCUGCACGGGAAUGUGAACGGGAGCAAAGCCAUCAUCCGAGAGUUCCAGGAGUGCUGCCGCCGAGGCCUGCUGGACAGGGACUCGGGCAGCCCUGAGAGCAGCCCCGGCUCCUCCCGCCCGCAGACCCCCACCACCACCACCGAAGACACAGCCGUCCCGUCCAAGGCCCUGCUUAAGCGACUCAUCUCCGAGAACUCCGUGUAUGAGAAGCGGCCUGACUUCCGCAUGUGCUGGUACGUGCACCCGCACGUGCUACGCGCCUUCGAGCAGGAGCACCUGCCCGUGCCGUGCCAGUGGAACUACGUCACCAUGGUGCCCGCAGCCUCCAGGGAGGACACUGGCAGUGUGCCUGCCGCCGGGCCCAGCCAGGGGACAGCCGUGUCGCUAAAGAGAAAGUCUACAAGCAGCAUGUGCAUCACGCAGUUCAUGAAGAAGCGUCGGCACGAGGGCCAGGUGGGAACUGGGGACCUGGACGGUUUCCAAGCGGACACGGAGGAGGAGGAAGAGGAGGACGGCGCCUGUGUCAUCAUGGACAUCUCAGACGGUGGGGAGGCCCCGGCCCCGACUGGCAGGCCAGGGGUUGGGGACAGCGGUGAAGGCCCCGCUCCCGGCAGCCUGCUGGGCGCCUACUGAACACAGCGGCCGCCCAGCCCCACGGAGGCGGCUCGGAUCCUUGACCGCCCCCGGCCCCGUGUAAAGAGCACUUUGUCCUGCUUUGCGGACCUUCCUGGCCUUCCAAGGUCUGGCGAGUUUGAUCUGGGGUGCCGUGAGCCCUUCCUUUCCUUAUCUGUAUAAAAAAUAUCCUGUCCCGUCCCCCCCAGAGCUGCAUAUGAACCUGCCCUUCGGUAAAGCAUUAUGGCGAUGAGAUGGCACCUGCGGGGGAGCCCUGGCCAGCCCCCCCACAGGCACUGUGGUCUGAGGCUUGUAAAUGAACCAGAGCUCUGUCGGCCAGGCUCCGGGCCCGCGAGGAGGGUGUAUAAAGUUGU